UCUCUGUCACUGACCUAACAGCAUGGCUCAAAGCUGGUUUAUUUUUCUCACACUUUUUCUGGCUUUUUCACCAGGAGGUUGUUUCUAUUUUUAUAUAAUGGAUCGUUGCCAGUUUAGUUCAGAUGAUGGUCAUGAUGCCGUUUUCCUGGAGCAAUUUUACUUCAACAAAAUGUUGGAAGGACAAUACAUCAGCACAGUAGGAAAAGCGAUUGGAUAUACAAAAGAAACGCAAGUGUAUGCCAAUAUUUUGAACAACAAUUCCGAGUUUAUUAACCAUCAAAUCUGGAAAACAAACCUCUGCAAAAGAAAUUCUCAACUGGCGUACAAAGAAUUACUAACACCAGUGGAGCCCUAUGUUUGGCUCAGGUCGGUAAAAUCAGAGUACAGCCAACACUCACACAUGCUCAUCUGCAGUGCGUUUGACUUCUAUCCAAAGCAAAUUAAGCUAACAUGGCUGAGAGAUGGGAAGGAAGACACAUCUGAUGUGACCUGCACGGACGAGCUACCCAAUGGGAACUGGCUCUACCAGCUCCACACCUACCUGGAGUUUACACCCAAACCUGGAGAGCAGAUCUCUUGUAUGGUGGAGCAUGCAAGUCUCAGGGAGCCCAAGCUUUAUAACUGGGAUCCAGAACCAGAUUUAGGGUGGAAAAAAAUUGUUGUUGGCUCAGUAGGAUUGCUGCUCGGCUUGAUCUUUUCAAUUACUGGCUUCAUCUGCUACAAGAAGAAAUCAACUGAGCAGGUUCUGGUUCCCACAACAGAGGACGUGUGUCCUGAAGAAGAUCUUUAGGUUACAAGAUGCAGAAAUGAUGCAGACAACAAACCUGUUUGUUUUGCUGAACGUCUGAAAAAGUGUAUAUAUCAUUGUACAUUAUGUGACAUGUUAGAGUUUGGACAGUUCAUUCUGUUCAUAAUGAUGUUUUCACAACCACACACAUACCUAUCAACUUCAAGGAACUAAUAUCGAUCCCAUAUUUGAGGGAUGUCAAUGCCAAGAGUUUUCAAUUUCAUAAAAUGUAUUUGUUUUUCAUAUAUUUCUGCAGACAAACACUAAAGAAAAAUCCUCCAUUACAUUUCCACACAUUUAAGGUUGAAAUACUCAGUUAAACUGAAUUAGGGUUAGGCCCCCAAAUUUAUAGAAUAUAUCUAAUCAUCUGAAACAAAUAGAGGUUGUUAAACUACCCCAAGAUGUUUCGGGAGUAAGAGUAGACCUAUGCUUAAAAAGGAGUUCAAUCUAUACUUUUACUUUUACCAGUUUGUACCAGUAAUAUCAGUUCUUUUGAAACUUAAAUAGUAAUUAUACAAUUUUAAGAAUAUUGCUUAUGUAAAAUCAAAAACUACAGUAAAACACUUUUACGCCAUCUGCUGGACAAUGUGCAAAGAUGCAAAAUGGAAAAUAAAAGAACUAAUUAAACUGAUGUAUUAGGAAACCAUUGAUGCCUUUGCUUUUAGGACGUCAAGAGGAGUUAAGUUUUGAACAACGUUGAGAACGUUAGUGAGGUUUUGAUGUUUUCGUGUCUCAUUGUGGAAAUAUUCCACAAUCUUUUCUAACUUAGUUAAAACCUAGAAAGAAGGUGCAAUAAUAAGGUGAUAUCUUAGUGCAUCUCUAUUUUAUAAGGUUACUUUGAUUGCAUAUGAUUGAUUGAUUGAUUGCAUUUUUAAGUUAGAUUUACAUUGACCAAAAUGUAAAGUAGAAAUUUCUUUACAACAACACUGAUAUUUUUGAGUUUUGCUUUUGAUUGCACACUUCUAUGCUAGACGUGAUACUUAACCUCCAUGGCAUUUAAAAAACAUUUGUUUAAUGUAAUUAGUUAUUCUCAGGGUACUCAUCUUUCAAGUUUACAAUUAUUCUUUUUGGCUUUUUCCUUUCAAAUUUAUUGGGUUAACCUUGAUA